GGUCAUUUCAGGGUCAUUCGGUUCCGUCAUGAAGGUUUACCGGUUCUUGAUAUCUACUUAUCGUUAUUCGUAUUUAUAUUAAGCUGACACAAAAAUUCAUAAAAGCUUUGUUAAUUUUUAUUUUUGGCGUCGUCAUUUUUAUAUUGCAGUUACCAUACAUAAUUAGAUUAUAACCUAUGCAUAUAGGCAUAGUUUAUCUAAUUUAAUUUACCUAUAGCUAAAUUAAAUUUGCUUCUAAAACAUUCAGAAUCAAAAAAUUAGCUUCACAUCUCUAGCAAUAAUUUUGAAAUAGGUUCAGAAGGUAGUUUUGUCACUUUUGGUUUGUAGUUAGGGUUUUCAUUACGAACUGAUAUCAAACCUCUAUCUAUGUUUAACUUCAUUCGAUUCGUUAUGUAGCACUACUACUCAAUCUUUAGUGGUCAACUGCCUCACACCAGACAUUUUGACUCCAUUAGUCUUAACUUCUAACCAGGAUUCCAUGAUUUGCCUUUUAAAAUAAAUCGCUAGUAGGGGCAUAAUAAUUACCAUUAAUUGGUUUUGCGAAAGUUCUUGAAUUUUAUCGAGAUCACUUUAUUUCCAACCCGAUUUUAGUCGGGAAUUUGUAAUAUUCUUUUUUUAACUGAUGAUAAUUAAUUUCCCAUGAGCGUCCGUGCAGACUUUAUCUCAGUUUAGUUGCAAAAUUCUUUGGCUGGAUGCUAAUGACUGACUUAAACCUCGAUAUUCAACUUGAUUACCAUAUAAUUAUCAACGGUCAUGCUAAUUUACAAUGGUUAAACAAAUCUUAGAAAGUUGAGAGCAUGAAUGUAACAACAACCCAUUUUCAUAAAUCACCAGUUAUCUGCCUGUAUUUGAUAAAAAUUCCUCCAGAUUUCAUAUUCGUAUUCGGAAAUUUCAUCCGUUCAAUAUGUCCAAAAGUAAAGAGUGCCAGACAAAUCAUUUCAGAUAAUUCUUGUUUCAAAACAAAUGUAUUAUCAUUCUUGCUGGGAAUGUCAAAUAUUUGUUACCCUCCAAAUUCCAAAGUUUAUAAAAGCUAUCUAAGUAAUCGUGUCACUGAUGGGUCUCUUUCGAUGCAUUUCAUCAAUAUUCUGUUUUGUCUUUCAUGAAUUUUACUAUACUUUCUCUUAAAAUUACCAAGAUAUUAAGACUCAUUCAUGCUAUUUGUUAUUUAUAGUUUGGAAUAAGUCUUCCCAUUUAUUUUUUCUGUACCUUUUGAUUUUUAGUACUUUUAGUUUCGUAUACGCCGCUUAGCUAUAAAGCUAUUUAUCAACAAAGUCAUCGCUGCUACAUCCAUGUACUCAUUUGUUCAAAGUGUGCUAAAGUUCACUAAAUAUUCAUUAAAAAACCGGCUUAUGUGCUUUAGUUCCAUCCAGCAUCUAUACAGCAAACAAUUUUAAAGGGUACACUUAUCAUCUUGUGUCAUGUACAACGAUUGAUACAUCUGACAACUACCACACACAUGAAAGGAUUCGAAAAUACUAUAAAACUUAAAGUGUGAUGAAUGGCUCCAAGUGGUCAUUCACUGUUUAAUAUGCUUCUUGUUUCUUGUGGAGGUUUUAUAUGUAGAAUUGUGUUAAAUUUGAAUUUUUUAUUUGGUAGAAUUAACAUGUCUACAUGCAACAGUAAUAUUUUCCAAAAUUUUAGUCUAUCUUAAGCAUUCCAUCAAUGAUUGGAUUUUGUACAAGUAUCGGGAAGAUUUCAACUGGAAUACGGACGUUUACAAAGGUAAUAGCUGCAUUUUUAGAUAAAUUUGCAACCAGGCAAGUUUUCUUUGUGCUCCGAUCCGUAAAAAAAUCUAUAUUGAAGUUUAUGGGUGUCAAAUGAACCAUAGUGAUACCAAUAUUGCUCAGAGUUUAUUAACAAAAGCUGGGUAUACUAUUGUCCCGUCGGAUGAACAGUGUGACACUGUCUUGCUCAUGACAUGUGCCAUUCGAGAUAGUGCUGAAGUAAAAAUUUGGCGACGUAUUCAACACCUGCGAUCUCUUCACCGUAAAUCAUAUAUAAAAAUAGGUGUUCUAGGAUGUAUGGCCAGAAGGUUAAAGGAUAAACUCCUUAUGGAUGACAGCCGUAAAACUUUAAAAGCGGGUGAUCUUCAGUCAUCUAAUUUUGAUCACGAUAAUUACACUGUUGCGGCAGAUUUUGUUUGCGGCCCUGAUUCUUAUCGUGAUUUGCCGAAACUUAUUGAAGAUGCUCAUUCUGGACUAAAAGGUGCUAGUGUCGCAUUGUCUCUGGAAGAGACAUAUGCAGAUGUAACUCCUGUACGACGUCAUUUUACAACCGACAAAUCCUCAGACCCAAUCCCUGCUCCUACGGCUUUCCUAUCAGUUAUGCGUGGGUGUGAUAAUAUGUGCACCUAUUGUAUUGUACCUUUUGUCAGAGGACGUGAACGCAGUAGACCAUUGGAUUCAAUCCUUCACGAAGCACAAAGCUUAUUUAAUGAGGGAGUAAAAGAAAUUACUUUGCUUGGACAAAAUGUUAAUAGUUAUUGUGAUAAUUCGAAUACAGACUUAUCAAUCAACUCGUCUAAAACGAUUUCAACACUUGUCCCUGGAUUUAAAACUGUUUAUAAACCAAAAGUUGGUGGUUUAAGAUUUUUCGAUUUAUUAGACCAAGUAAGUCAGAUUAGUCCAGAACUUCGUAUUCGAUUCACAUCACCACAUCCAAAAGAUUUCCCAAAAGAGGUUCUUCAACUAAUUUCUGAACGUAAAAAUAUUUGUUCAAAUAUACAUUUACCAGCUCAAUCAGGCAGUAGUGUUGUUCUAGAAAACAUGAGAAGAGGUUAUACUAGACAAGCCUACAUAGAGUUAGUGAACACUAUUCACGAAAUAGUUCCAAAUGUUAGCCUUACAAGUGAUUUUAUCGCAGGAUUUUGUGGUGAAACUGAAGAAGAUCACUCUCAAUCUCUUGAGCUCAUUGAACGUGUUGGUUAUUCAUUUUGUUUCUGUUUUCCGUACAGUAUGCGUGAGAAAACUUUUGCAUAUCAUCAUUUAACUGAUGAUGUACCAAUUGAAGUGAAAAAACGACGACAUGAAGAGUUAUCAAUGAUAUCUCGAAACAAAAGUUUAGAGUUUAAUCAAAAACAAAUUGGCUCUAUUCAAAUUGUUUUAGUUGAAGGACCUAGUCGUCGUUCACCAACGCAAGUGUUUGGACGUAAUGAUUAUAAUACGAAGGUAAUUUUCGACCAAGAUGUUACACAAAUACCAACUACUAAAAAUCAAGAUUCUUCGCGUAUAUCCUUCAAGUCUGGUGAUUAUGUGGUUGUUGAGAUUGUUGGUGCAACGUCUCAGACAUUACAAGGAAAGGCUCUUGGCUUGUCUACACUUGGAGAUUUUUGUGAAACAAAGUGGCAUAGUGUAAAUACAGCUAAAAUAAUAUAAAUCGUU